GGAUGUGAUGACAUGGAAUGACAGUGAGAUAGAAAAAUUGGAAGUGGGGCAGAAUAGGGUAGCAAGAAUGGCACUGAAUGCACCAAGGUUUGCAGCAGUAGAGGCUCUUAGGGGGGACAUGGGAUGGAGCACGUUUAGGGAAAGACUAGUAAAGGCAACCUUGAGAUAUAAAGUGAGACUGGAACAAAUGGAGGAUGCAAGAUUAGCAAGGAAAGUAUACUUGUGGAGUAUAAGAGAUGGCAAAUGGGCGAAUAAAUGUGGGCGAAUGAUAGACAGGAAUGUUAUGCUAAGUAGGUGGGUGUACCGACCCUUUGAAGAUAGACAGAAUGUGUUUGAAUGGAGAAUAACAAACAGAAAUGGAGAGGGGUUUGAGUGGGAUGUAAGAAAGUGGAAGAAUGUGAUAGAUAUGGCAGUUAAAGAUGAGGGAUUGAGCAAGUGGAAGAAUGAGAUGGAAAGAAAGGAAACUCUCGACUGGUAUAGGGAGAAAGAGGCCCCAAAGUGUGAGGUGUGGUAUGAGGGAAGCCUGGGAGGUGAUCUUCUUUUCCGUGCUAGAGCGCAGUGUCUGGAUGUGAAUGCAAGGAACUAUAGAUGGUCUGAGUCCCGCAGCAAAAGACGAGUGGACGAGUGAUUGAGGCAGUGAAAGAGUUCUUGGAGGGCAUGUGGCGUGAAAGAUGUAGGGAAUGAUAUCUUGCCCCGAGAACAUUGACUUCCCGCAUGUUUUGUUUUCUUUUCACAGGAGCUGCCGAUAUAAAGGCCUGGCUGGGGAGAAAUCCCGAGCCACCUGUGACAUCAAGAUCAAGAUCAAGAUCAAGCCCCAGCCCCAGACCCGUGGCACCGCGGCACACGGCAAAAUGGCAGGUGUUGGAGGCCGGGCUGCCGCUCACCUGUCGCGGCACCUGGCCAGGCUGAGGCUGCUGCAGGGCCCCAGGCUGCCCCAGGCCCACGCCGCCGCCCUCCUGCACGCCACGCCGGCCCUGGACGCUGAAGGCAUCCCUAUUAAAAUGCCGUCACUGUCGCCCACCAUGACCGAGGGCACCAUUAUCAAGUGGCUGAAGGAGGAGGGCGAGACCAUCAACCCCGGCGACGUGCUGUGUGACAUCCAGACGGACAAGGCGGUGGUGGCCCUGGACAUAGAGGAAGAGGGGGUGCUGGCGAAGAUAUUGGUCCCAGACGACACCAAGGACGUGAAGGUGGGCACACUGAUCGCCUUAAUGGUGGGCGAGGGCGAGGACUGGAAGACUGUGGAGAUGCCGAGCACAGUGGAGGGAGAUGCACCGGCGCCCUCACCCACUGCGGAGACUGCUGCUAAGGCGCCGGCAGGAGGGGACGGAGGACAUGGCAACUACGGGCCAUCAGUGAGGUUGUUGCUGGAGCAGUAUGGCCUCAGGGCAGACGACGUGCCUCCUGGGGGUCCUCACGGCAUCCUAGUGAAGGGGGACGUCCUACGCUUUGUGAAGGAGAGAAACUUGCAGGCCAGGACACCAGCGGCAGUUCCCCCUCCUGAAGCACCUAAGGCUGCUGCUGCCCCCGCCACCGCUGCACCUCCCAAGCCUCCACCAGCACCGACCCCGGGCAUAGGAGGGCAGAGUGGUUAUGUUGACGUCGAAGUGACUAGCAUGAGGAGAACAAUCGCAAAGAGACUCUCACAAUCAAAGACAACGAUAGCCCACUCCUACGCGUCGAUGGAGUGCCGCAUGGACAGUUUGCUGGAGCUGAGGAAGCAGUUUAAGGAGGAGGGUGUCAAUGUGAGCGUCAACGACCUGCUCAUCAAGGCCGUGGCGUUGGCGCUCUCCAGGUGUCCCGAGAUGAACUGUGUGUGGCAGGGAGACCAGCUGAAGGUUGGUGGGGCGGUGGACAUCAGCGUUGCCGUGGCCACCCCAGCGGGCCUCAUCACCCCCAUUGUGCGAGGGGCGGACUCUAGAGGACUGGAGGACAUUGCUGCCGCUGUGAGGGAUCUUGCCACCCGCGCCAAGGAGAACAAGCUGAAGUUGGAUGAGUUUCAGGGUGGAACAUUCACCAUAUCCAACCUUGGCAUGUUCGGCAUCAGGGAGUUCAGCGCCAUCAUCAACCCUCCCCAGUGUGGUAUCCUGGCCGUGGGGGGCAGCCGCCUUGUGCCAGAUGAGUCCGGGGCGCCGGUGACCCUCAUGACCUCCCAGCUGUCCUUCGACCGUGGCGCCGUGGACGACUUCCAGGCAGCAGAGUUCCUGGACACCCUCAAGACUAUCCUGGAGAACCCCAAGACCAUCCUGCUGGGCUCCUACGCCGCCACUGUGCCGCACCCUCUCGCCGCCCUCCUCUGAGCCUGCUAAAAAUGCUCACGUUUUACUAAAUGUUUUACUCGGGAAGAUGUGUUGAGUUUUUUAGUCGGUUAAAUUCCAAAGUUCGUUAACUUUUAAACUCGACAUGUUAACAUAUUCUUUUUUGUGCGUGACUUCAGUGCCGGCCAGUCAAAUACUCUUAUUUCAGGAUGUUGAUAAAAUUGAUGUUUGGUUUUACAGAGAAAAUUUAAUUUGGUUUCUUAAAUUUCCUGCAAGCACACAGCAUCCACAAGUACAUGGCACGUACAUGAGAUUUGUUACUGUAAUUUACUUAUUGUUAUUGUAUAUAUUGUAAAGCUUAUUUAAUAAAUAAGUUAAGACUGAAGAAA